AUGUCUCGCAAACUCCUCGUUGUUUUUGGUGCUACAGGACAGCAAGGCGGCUCCGUUGUCGCCAAAUUCCUCAAAGAUAAGAGUUACAUCGUUCGGGCCGUCACUGGAAACCCAGAUAGUGACAAGGCAAAAGCACUUGCUGCCAGCGGUGCUCAAGUCGUCAUAGCAGAUCUCAACGACUACAGGAACGUCCUCAAGGCAUUCGAGGGUGCGUCUGCGGCUUUUGGCUUGACGGACUUCUGGACGCUCCUACCUGCUCUCGGACUUGAUGGAGCCUUCGACGGGGAGAUCCAGCAGGGCAAGAACCUUGCCAAUGCCGCGGCCGCCACCACCACACUCGAGCACUACGUCUGGAGUUCCUUGCCAUCUGCUGUGAAAGGCGGUGUUUCCGUUCCCCAUAUCGAUAGUAAAGCCCGCGUCGAUGAGUAUAUCUUCUCCUCCCUUCCUGCUCUUGCGAAGAAGACCACUGUCUUCUGGGCUGGCUUCUAUGCCGAGAACCUGGGGACAUUUAACCGUCCGGUGAAGCUGGAGGAGGAGGGGGGGAAGUAUGGGUGGCUUCUGCCAUGUACACCUAGGGCGGCGGUACCCAUGAUGGGACAGACGAGUGCAAAUGUGGGUGUUUUUGUCUCGGUGAUCCUGGCGAAGCCGGAGAAGACUCUUCCUUCGAAGUAUGUUCUUGGGUCGGUUGAGACUUUGACGAUGGGUCGAGUCCUGGAGCUGUGGGGAGAGGCCAAUGGUGUGGAGACGGUGUUUAUACAAAAGGAUGAGGAGGAGUUCAUCGCUUCGUGUUACGCUGGUCCUGUGGUUGGGAGAGAGCUGGCGUUGAACAUGAAGUAUUUUGAGUUUGCAGAGACUUGGGCGAAGAGCGGGGUAGUGGAGUUUUUGAGGAAGGAAGAUCUUGGGAUCGAGGAUGCGGAAUUGGUCAGUAUGAAGCAGGCUUUUGCGAGGAUGGAUUGGAGCGAUAUUUUAAAGGCAUAG